AUGAACAAUCUUGGAAUAAUGGGAUUCAUGUUCUUUCUAUUCAUUUAUGGUGUGAAGAUGGAUCCGUCUCUUUUGAAAAAAUCAGGGAAACUGCAUUUAUCUACUGCAUUGGUUGGCAUUACAAUUCCCACAGUAACAGUGUUUACUGUGGGACUGUGCUUGAGAGAGAACAUGGACAAAGAUUUGGCCAGGGUUCCUUCAAUAGGAGUAUUAGCGGGGUACUUGGGGAUCACAGCAUUCCCUGUUCUCUACCAUAUCCUCAAAGAGUUUAACCUUCUAAAUUCAGAAGCGGGGCGAAUUGCAUUAGCCUCAGCAUUAAUUGGUGACGCAAUUGGUUUGUUUUCUGUCGUAGCGUUUGAGGCAUUAGGUCAUGGAGAAACAAAGAUGAUACAUGCCCUGUGGUAUAUGAUUUCUCUUGUGCUCAUGGUAAUAUUCCUUGUGUUUUGUGUUAGACCUGCAAUGAUGUGGAUCAAUAGCAAUACUCCUGAAGGGCACCCUGUGCAACAAUCAUUUGUAGUUGCCAUUCUUCUAGGGGUUUUAAUCAUGGGUUUCAUAACUGACAUGUGUGGAAUGGCAAUUACUAAUGGAUCAUUGUUUUUAGGCUUGGCAAUUCCAGAUGGACCCCACGUGGGAGCAACACUUGUAGAGAAGACCACAACAAUUAUGACUGAUUUCCUUCUACCAUUCUCAUUCAUUUUGGUGGGAUCACACACUGAUUUUUAUGCUAUGAGUGCUUCUGGUUGGUCCACCUUAUCACCAUUGUUUAUCAUGGUUUUUAUUGGCUACAUGUUCAAAUUCUUUUGCACUUGGGUUACUUUACAUUUGUGGCGAAUGCCAUUCAGGGAUGGACUAACCAUCAGCCUCAUUAUGAGCUUAAGAGGACACAUUGAACUUCUAUUGUUUCUGCAAUGGAUGGACAAAAAGAUCUUAAAGGUGCCAGGCUUCACACUAUUGGUUCUUAUGACAACAAUAUUGACAGCAACUUUCUCUCCUUUGAUCUCUCUAUUGUAUGAUCCAACAAAGCCAUACAUGUUGAACCAAAGGAGGAACAUUCAACACAACCAUCCUGACACCGAGCUCAGAUUAGUGUUAUGCAUUUUUGAUACUGACUCCAUAAAUGGUCUGAUAAAACUACUUGAUAUCUCCAAUCCAACCCUAAACAGCCCCUUUUCAAUUUCAGUUGUUAGACUCAGUGAGCGUGUAGGUCGAACCAGCCCUUUGUUCAUAGACCAUGAAAAGCAAAAAGUGCCUUCCAUCUAUCAAUGGUCGAACACCAUAAACAUCCUUAAACAUUAUCAACAACUUAAAGGAACGGUCAUGAAGCUUCAUUUCUUCACAGCUGUGGCCCCAAAACAGUCGUUGUUCCAAGAUAUAUGUGAGCUUGCUCUAGAAGAAGAAGCUUCUUUAAUCAUCUUACCUCAUGCCCAUAAACAUGCAGUUAAAACAGUGAAUUCACAUGUCUUGAACACUGCACCUUGCUCAGUUGCAAUUUUUGUUGACAAGGGUCUUCUUAAAACCAACACCUCCGAAUGCAGUUCUUUUCGUCGAUCUAAAUAUCGAUUUGCCUUAUUGUUUCUCGGGGGUGGAGAUUCCAGAGAGGCUCUUGCUUAUGCAGAUAGGAUUAUUGAUCACCAUGAUGAGGUGUCUCUCACAGUUAUAAGGUUUCUCUCUCAUAACUGCAUAGGGUACAAUGAAAUCGAGAAAAAGCUUGAUGAUGGAAUUGUGACCUGGUUUUGGGUUAAGAAUGAGAUUAAUCAUAGAGUGGUGUAUAGAGAAGUGGUUGUUAAAAAUGGAGAAGAAACAAUUGGAGCAAUUCAAUCUAUGAAUGAUGGUGCUUUUGAUCUUUUGAUAGUGGGAAGGAAACAAGGAAUAAACCCUGUUCUUCUCACUGGAUUAUCAGAAUGGAGUGAAAGUGAAGAUUUGGGACUCGUUAAGGGUGUGUUUGGGUGUCGCGUUUUAGUUGGUCACUCUACUGCGUUAGAAAUGGAGGACGACGGUUCCAGCUCGAUCCGCCGCAUGUCAAGUCGAACGCGAAAAGUUGCGUCCAAAAUGGCCGCCGCACUUGCCAGUGCCGACAACCGCACUCAGGCAGCUAUCUUCGCUCAAUUUCCUUCCGCGGCACUUGCGCGCUUGGAUGCUCUGGAGAAUGACAAUGCAGGUUUUGAAACCGCAGAUGCCAAUAACGAUGACGACGAAGCUUCUUUAGACGAAGACGAUCAAUUUUAUGUACAGAAAAAGCAGUCUAAGGGCACCAAAAGGAAAACCAGGCAGGCAAAAGCACUUGAAGCCAGGAGGACCCCGAGAACAUUCCUUGAGCUCUUACAUGAGGCUAACAUAGAGUCAUUGCCUCCUCAUGUGCCCUCCUAUUGGAAAGCAGCAGUUGGACCUCCAAGCUCAACCUCCCGUCGCCACUUUUGUACUGUUUGUGGUUUUUCUGCCAAUUACACUUGUGUGAGAUGUGGUAUGCGCUUUUGUUCCUAUAGAUGUCAAAAUGUGCACAAUGAUACUCGUUGCUUGAAGUUUGUAGCCUGA